CAGAGCUUAUCUUCUUCAGUUAUACUUCUUCACCACAUUCCCUCUCCCUCUCUCCAAAUUCUCUUUACCUCCCAAAUAUAAACCCUUACACAGACACACAGAGAACAAAGAGAGAGAGAGAGAGAGAGAGAGAGAGAGGAGAGAGAAGCCAUGGAAAGGCUUCUGUCCUCUUCAUCCCCAACCCCUUUGAAACUUCAUCUAAAACCCUCUCCUUUUCUCCAUCGACUCGGUCGCAUUGACUCGGGAAAACUCAACCUCCCCGCUUCCCAACUGCCCAAUCUCAGACGGGUCAGCUUGGUUUCCUGCAAACGUCAAAACCCAUCUCCACUGUCUUCUUCUUCUCCUUCUCCAUCAGCGCCGUCGAACAUUUUGCCGUCUCUCUCGUCGAACCAGGCCGAGUCUCCAAAUGGAUCGGAGCCAAAAUACCAGCUUCUCAAUCAGAUCGCAACUGGGGCUUCUAAGCAGCGAAAGGCCAUCACCACUGGGGCAUUUGUUGUGCUUUCUGCUCUUGUUUUGAUCUUAAUACAACCAGCUUUUGCACCAGCAGCUUUUGCAUCCUUUCAAACUGCAACGAAGACAGGUAGCCCGGCUGCUGCUAUUGGGAGAAGACUGAUCCAGACUGAAUUACUUAGUAGUGCAUGGACUGGUUUCUUUGCUGGUUGUUUACACACAUUAUCAGGGCCUGACCACCUAGCUGCUUUGGCUCCACUCUCAAUAGGACGCACCCGCAUUGAAAGUGCUUUAGUUGGAGCCCUAUGGGGAUGUGGUCAUGAUGCUGGCCAGGUUAUCUUUGGCUUAAUAUUUCUACUGCUAAAGGAUCGGCUUCACAUUGAAAUCAUCCGAACCUGGGGCACAAGAGUUGUGGGCAUUACUCUUCUAGUUAUUGGUGCUAUGGGCAUUAAGGAAGCUUCAGAAGUCCCAAGUCCUUGCGUUGCCUUAGAGAAUGGCGAGUGUGAUGUUAGUGUAUAUGAAUCUCUAGAAACCCCUACAGUUGGGAAGAAGAAGAUUGGCUUUGCUACUUUUGCCACUGGAAUUGUCCAUGGGCUGCAGCCAGAUGCAUUGAUGAUGGUCUUACCCGCGCUUGCCUUGCCAUCUCGCAUUGCUGGUGCUGCAUUUCUGGUUAUGUUUUUAGUUGGGACCGUGGUUGCAAUGGGAAGCUAUACAGUCUUUCUAGGCUCAUGUAGUCAGGCACUGAAGGAUAGAGUUCCCAGAAUAACAGAGAAGCUAACAUGGGCAUCUUCCCUGGUUGCAAUUGCUCUUGGGUUUGCCAUAAUCAUCAGCCAGUUCUUCGGGUAUAGCCUGUAUUAGUAUUUUUGACCGAAUUAAGAUUCACAUUUCGCAGGCUUCUCCAUGAGUGUUAGAUAAAGAUCUUAGAAGGAUUAUUCGAUUUGUUUAGAGCAAAAGUUCAUCUGCGCAGCACCAUUUCUCAGUGAGAGUACCAUCAUAUUUUCUUUUUAAAGCUUUUUCCAGUUUUAAUAUAGAGGGGCAACCUUUCUACAGUUGUAAUUCUUUUAUGGUAGAAAUCAGAUUGGCUUAACGAUUUGCAUUACUUGA